UUUUUUUUAGUUUUCCUGUUGACGUGAGAUAGAAUUGUCGUGUAUUAGUUGCUCCUGAGGAAAAGGGCCCCAAUUGUGCGGACAUUUGUGCAAGUGGCGAAGGUAUUUUGUCGAUCCUGUGAGUCAGAGUGAGUGCUAUUGGGGGAAAAUGGGGGCCGAGAGGUAAUGUUAGUGGUGCUGCAGAAAAGUUUGUUCAGAUGAUGCUGUCAGAGGUGUUCCCAUCGUUUCUGUUGGUAUCGUUUCUCACCUGAGAUUUUUAUUUUGUGCUUUCUUUUGUGCACUUUUUUUGUUUUGGUUCAAUCAAAAUUGUAUUAAAAAAAUAGUGUUAAAUUCCUCUUGGGGAAUAGUAUCUUGGUGCCGAGUGAAUUGUGCAUAUCCUGGGCGUGAGAUUGGCAUAAGUGUCCAGAAGAUAAAUUUGUGGAAGUUAUAAAAGAGUGUUGAUGUUUCUUUGUCCUCCUCGAAGACACGUUGAGGGCUAUUUUUUUUUGUACACAAAAAUACGCGUGUGUCCUCAAGUCCAAGGCCUGGGUGUAUCUCGAGGGCCAAGGAGCUGAGGAUUCUCUGAACAUCUGACCAUGCCCGUGUCUUCCACGGAACGGACUACUUAAAGACACGGGGGCGAGUUCAAGAAAUCCGCAAAGUGGUGAUGUCAUUGGUGAAUGAUAAUGAAUUGGAUACUGAUUGGGAUGAUCUUCAUCCUGGCAUCCCAUCACUCCUGGGACUCAACAAAAUGCUGUGGCACCUGGAAGACCUUCCUUGCUCUGGCCACUCCACUUCCACCUCAAGGUUCGGCCGUGAGUAUAAAUCCGUACAUCCGCCACUGGGAGGCCGCCAAAUACGACAGAUCCGAACUGGAGGUCGCUCACCGUCAUCACGAGUUUCACCGUCGAAAACGUCGAGAUGUGGCUUACGAUCAAUCAGCUCCCGACUAUGGUCCUGCCCAUACAAUCAGAUUACGAUUCUCGGCUCAUGAUAGAGAAUUCCGAUUGCUACUCCACGAAGAUCCACAGUCGGUGUUUAGUCCAAAUGUUGAAAUUGAGAAUACCUUAGGACCAUUAGACUUUGACGUGUCUCGCAUUUAUAGUGGCACUUUAGAAGAUGACGAAAAUUCGCACGUACAUGGUGUUUUGACAUCAGAUAAUCUGUUUGAUGGAACAAUUUCUACCAAUGUUGAAACAUUCUAUGUGGAACCAUCGAGGAAAUACUCCAAAGCCUUAAAUGAUGCUGGAAUUCAUUCAAUAGUGUACAAAUUGAGUGAUGUUAAGAGCCACCCAUCACUUGAUACUCAACACUGUGCCAGUGAAAAGUUCCAUCGAAAGCGGAUGCUCAAUAGCUACUUUGGUGGUGAACGGAAGCGUACUAAGCGAUGGCUCCCGGAAGAGCUGUCAGAAAGUCAAAAUCCACCACUACCAUUAGAUCUCGACGUGCCGUACAACGAUGAUUUCAGCAUUAUAAAUCGCAACAAUAAUCGAAAUGAUGACGACAAAGGUAGCAAUGUUGGUGGAGUGAUUUCCCGUACAAAAUCGAAUCGGCAAAAUAUUCUUGUCGGUAACUACAAUCCCAACAAUGACUUCAAUCUUCGCAACACGUUUGGCAAUCGCAAUAUAAUAGUGAGUAGUUUUGACAAUUCAAAAGUGCCAAUGAUACCAUCGAACUCAUCGAGACCCAGUCACAAGACCCAUGUGGAAAUCAUCACGAAAAAUGGUGCCACAAAAAAGCCAAAUAUUAUUGUGAAUAAUUACAAUCCCGAUGUGAUAUUGACACACAACAACUACAACAACUACAUUCACCUUAAUGUUAAGAAUGAAUUGCUAGAGCAACAGUCCAAGUCGGCCUACGACAAAAAGAGCACGUGUAUGCUCUAUCUGCAGGCAGAUCAUACAUUUUUCCAGAAGAUGGGUUCAGAUGAAGCCAGCAUAGAAGCCAUCACACGCCAUGUUCAACGUGCCAAUGUUAUUUAUAAAAAUACUGAUUUUAAUGGAGACGGAAAGCCAGACAACAUCACUUUCAUGAUCAAACGGAUAAAGGUACACAACUUAAAUGCUCUCAAGGACCCAACUUAUCGCUUUCCGGGAAACUAUGGCGUUGAGAAGUUUCUGGAAUUAUUUUCAGAGGAAGAUUACGAUGCAUUCUGUCUGGCGUACAUGUUCACUUAUCGGGAUUUUGAGAUGGGAACUCUUGGCCUGGCGUGGACGGGUGAUCUCAAAAAUGCUGGUGGAGUGUGCGAGAAGAAUGGGCAUUAUCGUGGUUCACUGAAGUCACUGAACACAGGAAUUGUGACAUUGCUGAAUUAUGGAAAGCACGUACCACCCGCUGUAUCCCACGUCACACUAGCCCAUGAGAUUGGACACAAUUUUGGCUCACCGCAUGAUCCGGAACAAUGUACGCCUGGUGGUGAGGAUGGCAACUAUAUUAUGUUUGCGAGGGCAACAUCUGGGGAUAAACGAAAUAACAAUAAAUUCUCACCCUGUUCAUUGAAGGCAAUUGAGCCAGUUUUGAAUGCAAAAGCGCGUAGUGCUAAAGGAUGCUUCACUGAGCCACAGCAAUCGAUCUGUGGAAAUGGUGUGGUUGAGGACGGUGAAGAGUGUGACUGUGGCUGGGAGGAGGAUUGCAAAGAUAAGUGUUGCUACCCUAUGUCUAGGCAUCCCAGCAUUGAUGAGAAACCCUGCACACUAACUCCACGUGCACAUUGUAGUCCUUCACAGGGUCCUUGUUGCACAGUUGGAUGCACUCUCAAGUUUGGCGAUAAGUGUCGUGAUGACAAUGGUUGCCGGGAUCCCAGUUUCUGUGAUGGCCAAAUGCCACAGUGUCCUCCAUCGGUCAAUAAGCCGAAUAAGACAAUUUGCAAUAAGGAAUUUGUGUGCUACAUGGGCGAAUGUACCGGAUCCAUUUGCCUGGCUUAUGGCCUAGAAUCUUGUCAGUGCAUUCCGGGUCCUUCUGAUCCAACCACAAAGUCCUGUGAAUUGUGCUGCAAAGUUCCAGGGGAAAAUAAUCCCUGCAAGAGUUCCUUCCUCUGGAAUGAACCACCUUUUGAUGUUCCUGAUAUGUUUGCCAAGCCGGGAACUCCCUGCAAUGACUACAACGGCUACUGUGAUGUCUUUCAGAAGUGUCGAGAAGUUGACCCUUCAGGACCAUUGGCUACUCUCCGGAAGCUCCUGCUAUCCGAUGAGAGUAUAGCCUCGUUCAAGAAAUGGGUACAAUCAAAUUGGUACACAGUCGUUCUCAUAGUCAUUGCCGUUUUGGUGCUGUUGGUGCUGAGUACGAAGCUGCUGGGGAAGAAGUCAAAUCUAAAGCUGAAGACAGUGACAAUAAUACACAGUGCUACAACGGAAACUGUACGUCUGCCCGAGGACAACAAUGGAGUGAUUGUACAUACGGCAGUGAGGACCAAGGUGCCGCUGAAGAAGAAGGUGCGCGGAGAACGUUCCAAGAAGUCAAAGUUAACAAAUCAGGUAGCCGAUGGACAACCUUCAACGACUCAGAAGCCAAAGGUGGGCAAGAGAGUGGCCAAAGCAAGUCGGGAGAGUCCAAAGAAGGUGGCCAAAGCGAAGAAGAAGACACGAGUGUCAGCUCCUGUUGUAGCAGAGGAACAGCAGCAGCAGAAUCCUGUAGUCACUGAACCCACGCUGACCCUCAAAGGUACCAAGAGGCAGAAGAAGAAGCACAAGGAGAUCAUUGACUACAGCAGCCGAACGGAGAAUCAUAGCAAUACCUUCAGCAAAGUCCACAAAUGGCUUCUGGAGUCUCCAAUUGUGUCCCAGCCAGUCAAUCAAGUGCAGCACAGCAGCAAAGUGGCCAAUCUCAUGAGUAAGAGCCAGUCAACUCCUGAGCGGCUCACAAAGAAGUCUCCCAAGAAGACUAAAUCUGUGGGAAAUCUCAAUGACAAAGUCAAACUGCAGGUGGUCUACAAGCCACCCUUCAAAUUCAGCCUGAAACUGUCGAAAAAUGCCUCAGUGAAGACGCACGUGAUUGCCAAUCGGGUGAGUCGCAAUGCCAGAAAAGUUGUCGGGAGGAUGGACAAGAAGCGAGUUGGGGCAUUCAAUGGGGAUCUAGACACAAGUAGAAGACGCACAGCUUUGCUCAUCCGGACGACGGAGGAAGAGGGGCAACAGGAGGAGAUUCCUGCGGUGACAAAGAACGCAGCAGGAACACCCAGUGAACCCAAUUAUGAGACUGUAGAAGGUAGUCAGGCACCUUUAUAUGAAAAUGUCAACGCAGGAAGUAAUCAUGAAGUCAUCAACACUGCCACUUUCCGGGUGCGUAAGAGCUCAAGUGGUGGCCAUGUGGAUAGUCUCAAUCGCACCAGCAGCCACAAGUCGCAUUCCCUGGGAGGAUCAAGUGGCAGCGACACCCUCGAGACGACGAUGCGAAGUCGCGGAAGUCGCUCGAGUGGAAUGCGCGGCAGCACAACGAAUCUCAGCAUGAAGGAUUGGCGAGGAAGUGGGAACAAUUUGACUAGGCAUCCAGGUGAGGGCCUAAUGCGCUCCAGCACGACAAAUCUCGUCACUAGAUGCCGCGAGGAGGGAAGUUUGGGUCGGGAGAGGCUGCAUCGGCAUUCCAAUGGGAAUCUCAAUGGGGCAGAGGAGAUUUCGGGUGGUAUUCAACGGAGGGGGAGGAAGAAUAGCAAUGCGAGUGUGGCUAAAGUGCCAAUUUCGCGUACUGCCAGCAAUAGCAAUCUCAAAAUUCCAUCAAUGCGACGAGGUAGCAUUGGGAAUAUCCCAAGAGCCAGUCUCAAUGCCAACUACACGAGGCACAAUUCUGUGCAAGUUCCCAGGGUUUCUGCUGCAACUGCUGCAGCUUCCGGGAGACCCAAUACAUCGGCCUGCGACGAUGUGGCAGCUUUUGAGUGGCCACCUGUGCUGUCCACGAGUGCCAAGCAGGCCCGGGAUGAACCACUGCCCUCGGAUUUGGAGGUAAUGUGUUCAGAUGUUGAAAAUCUAAUGCACGAUCGAUAGAAUUUCUGUCUGUCAAUUAAUGUGAAAGGGAGAAGGUGAGAUAUUGGAGCAAUUCUCCUGUGUCAAUUUACCCAGUGAAAUUGACUGAAUAGUCUGAUAAUCCCCAGAGGAGCCCAAUUACUUCAAAGACUCCGGAGAUUAAUAGGUUUUUAAUGCAUUUGUGGACAUUCGAGCAUGAUGAUUGAGGAAUUUGUUGGAUUUUGGGGAAUUAUUGCCAAAAUUGGUAUUUAUUAUUUGUAUUUCCUCCCUUAAAGGAGGACAACAAAAAGGGGUUUCUUAGUUUUGUAAAAAAAAAAGAAGAAAAAACACGAAAACAAUUUAUGAUAAAUUGAAAAGUCGCAGAAAGAAUCAUAAUCCACGAUAAAAAGAACCUGGAUAUACCGCAAAAGUUGUAUCAAAAACUUUUGAGUUUGUUUUUUGGUAAAUUGUUUAAUAGAAAGUCAAGUUAUUAUAAGUUUUUGCAUUAUUUUUUUCUGGGUUGCACUGACGGACUUGAAGAAAAUGCCCUUGAAUUAUUCCUAAUACAGGGAGCCUCGUUUUGAUUGACAUUUGUGGGACAGAAAAAAAACCGUAAAUUUACCCCAGUAACACAGAAAAAUUGCAUAACUUUAGGAGAUUUCUUUUGAAGAAGUUACAUAAACGCCGUAAUGUAUGCAAAAAUGAAUUUGUCGCCAUUUUUUUGGCCAAUUUUAAAAACGAUUUUACGGAUUUUACAAAUUAAGCUCCCAAUAGUAGGCUAUUCAAAUACAAGUCAUUCACUGCGCCAGAGGAACCACUACUAAAGGAAAAAGUCGUUUUUGCAUUCGAAUCUGGCAACACUAAAAAAAGUGGCUGAUGUUGCAUUUAAUUUUAAAUGUUUUUAGGAAUUUUUAUUAUUCUUGAGGAAUUCUUCUUGCCUAAUUUUGUUGAAAGAGGACUAAUAAAUAUAAAAAAUGCGAUUAUUGUGAUAAAUUUGUAAAACUUGCAUUUUUUUUUUUUUUGAGACCAAAAGACAGUCUGGACGAUAUUGGUGUCUGAGGACGAAAUGUCCGCCUUGGCCAUGUCAAAAACAUAUCCAAAAAUGGAAAGGAUCGAUGGUUUAUUUCUUGAGAUAUUUCCAAAAGAAUGGUUUCUGGAGGAGAAGGAGUGGGAUGAGAGGCAAAUGCAUGUGUUGUUUCGAUUCCUUAGAUUGACUUUUGGGGGGUACUCAGAACAACCAAAAUCGCUAACUUUGUCUCUUUGGUCAGAAAAUUGAUCAGAAGAAAUUCUGCUCUUCUGACCAGAUUAUUAGCAAGUGCAAGAAGAAGAGGUCGGGCGUCUUUGAGAUGUAUGGAUGAAAUGUCCGCUAGGACACUCUUUAAAACAUAUCCAAAAAUGAAAUGCAACGAUGGUCUAGUUCUUGAGAUAUUCCUAAAAGAGUGGUUUCUGGAGGAGAAGGAUAGACGUUGGGGUGAAAUUGAAGUGACAUUUGGAUUCCUUGGAUCAACUUAUGGGGGGGUACUCAGAAUAUUCCAAGUCGAUAUCUUCAUUAGUUUGUCCAGAAAAUGUGAUAGAAUGAUUUCUGUCAUUUUUUCUUUGCGUGUAACAUUGCAAAAUUCUUGCAAAAGUCGAUGAAUAAAAAAAAGUAAGAUGUCCAAAAAAAAAAGUUUCUUCCACAAAUUACACCCUUUGAGUUCCUCUAACAAAUAUAGUCCAUAUGUUAGAAUUGUGGGUCACUCCUGGUCCCAGAAGUAGAUGGCCAAAAUAGAGGUUGCAAAAAGUGUCUUCUUCGACAUAAAUGGUUCUGGAUGAUCAUGGUUUAUCCAUAGCAGAUUAAGUAUACCAGAUUCUAAAAGCUAAUGAACCAAGCUUUCCAACAAUAGUUCACUCAUCCAAUUAUGCUCAUCAGGAGCUGAGAUAUACCACUCCAAAUUUUCGACGUCUUCUACUGACAGAAUAUAUGUGCUCAUCUAAUAUAUCAACAUUUUUUAAUGUUAAUUUUACACCUUUUUAAGGGUAAAUUUAACAUGAAAAAGGUAACUUUAACCCCCAAUACACCUAAAAAGGGUAAUAUUUACACCGAUUUCGGAUCAAUACUGCAGGGUAAAAUUCACAUUUCCGGAAUGUUAUUUUAACUUUUUCGGAUUUCUCUCAGUAAAAGAAAAAAUAAUGGCGUAAAAAAUUGUGAAUAUUUAAAAAUUAGGACAUUUAAAUUAGAACGCCAAAAAAUAGGGGCGCCGAAAAUUCAGAAGGUUAAAUCUUAAAGCGUUAAAAUAUGAAGGAGCUCUAAUAGAGACAUAUUAAAAGUAUUGCGCCCACAAAAUAGGGGCCGAAAAAUUAUAGAGUGGAAAAACCAAUGAUAAACCUAUUUCACCUUAUAAAGAUGUAAUUCUGUUAUUAAAAAUUCGGUUUGUGUGCAAACUUGAGGGGUUCUUAUUUCCAAAAUAACGCUAAUUUGCUUUCAUAAUUUACUAGACACAGUAUUUGUAACAGGUCAAUUAAGGGAAAUGUACCAGCAAUCGUCAGUGUACCUCGAAUAAGGUGUAUGAUUUCCAGAGACCAUAGAUCUUUUUUGAAGGAGAGUAUUCCUGCGCAAGAAACACGUCCUUUGAUUUAAAAAAUAUUUAAAGAUUAAAGAGGAAAGUCUUGGUAAUCGCAGGAACAAUUAAGAGAUAGGGGAUAGUUUGUUCUGAGAAUUAUUUUCCUUAUGUCAUUCUCUAUAAAUCUUCCUUAGAUAUGAACAUAUUAAAAAUUUACGAACUGCGAUGGAAUAAAUUUAAUUAAAAUAUUUCUAUCCAUUUCAUAAAGAUUUUCAUUUUAAAUCGGUACGAUUGAUUUCGAGAAAAUCUUAAAAAAUCGUAUUUUUGUACAUUUUCCAAAAUAUCUAAAAAAAAAACACAGAGAAAGAGAAAAUUUCCGAAAAUUUGGCUGUUAAUUUUUAGCAUGAAGAAUAGUUCAAAAAUAUAUCCUGUGAACAUUAUCCUGUCAAUGGGUAUUCUAUCUUGGACUCCUCAAAAAUUCUUGGCAAAUUUCCGGAAUUCCGGAAAUCCGGAAAGUCUUCUAUUAUUUAUAAGUGUGACAGACUGGAAACAGAUUCUCUUAGAUCCUUCUAGAAAUAAUAAAAAUGUCACAUGCUUAGUACUAUAAGGAUUCUAGACACUUUUUUUUUAUUUAUUUGUAGAGAAACAGAAGAGAACUUGACAUUUUUGUCAAAUUUAUGUCUGUCUGAUCAUCCACAGUCGUUUUUUUAUCUAAAAAAAACUGCAAGUUUCAGUAAUUUAUCACAAUUAUCGAGUUUUUAAUACUUAUUUGUCUUUUAUGUGAAACAUUACACUAGGUCCCGGCAUUAUGCACAUUUUCGGGACCGAAAAAAAAAACGCGCGAAAUGGCAUUAAGCAUCGAGAAAAUUUGCAUACCCGCAGGGGACUUUUGAAUAAAUCUGCCGUAGAACGAUUUUCGCGGAGUAAAACUAGUUCAAACAAAUUUUGGCCAGAAUUCCUCAAUAAAUGGUUAGAAUAUUUAAAAAAUUUACCUUAAUAAAAGAAAUUAAAGUUUUAUUCUGAAAAAGUAGCAAAAUGUUUUCAAAUUUCCCGCGGCGCAAUAUGGUAUACAUUCAGGCGUAUUUCAAAAAUGAUUUCAUAAAUUGACUCCCAAUGGUAGGCAAACUUGCAUAAUUGUAUGUGCAUAAUUCCGUCAGGUGCAUAAUCCCGAAGGACUUAAUGCCGGGACUGAGUGUAGGUAAGAAGUACAAGAAAGAUUCCUCGAGGGAAAAAAACUUCAAAAUUGAAUUGCAGUGUAUCAACCAUUUUUUAGUGUUGCCAGAUUCGAGUGCAAAAACAACUUUUUCCUUUAGUAAGUGGUUCCUCUGGUCCAUGUUCUCUUGGUGCUAGCUCUGCCCUCGGGCGGCGGACACAGGAAACCCUCUGAUUGAUCUUAUUAACAAUUAACAGAUUUUGGACGCCAUUUUUAAGCUUUUAUGUAUCGGUUUUCUGAUUAUUAUGUUAUUAAAUCAGUUGACAUUUGUAGAAAGCAUCUUCAGUCUUGUCGACUUUUCUGAUUGGCUGGAUCAUUAUAGCACUCAAAGCUUUCAAAAACUUUAGCCAAUCAGAGAGAGCUACUCUUCUAAAACAUUUUAUAGCAUUGAAUAUUUCAUUAAAAGUUGAUAAUGCUUUAUUUGUGAUUCAAGAAAAAAAUUGCAGGAAUUAUAGAAAUGUUUAUCAAUUUUUGCAAAAUAUCCGGGUUCUUUUCACAAUCAUAUCAUCAAGCUAGUUUAGUAGAAAAUAAUAAAAUAAAUAGGUAAUAAUAAAGGAAAGAGAUGUAGGAAAAAAAAAAGAAUGAUUUAUAGGAUAUUAUUAAAAAUUGAGGUAUUGUAAUUGAAUAGGUCUAACGGGUGAAAUGGGACGAAAGAGCACUAACGACAAGAAAUAACAUGCAGAGUUAUAUUUCCAUCAGGGAAUUAACGAAUUAGGUAAUUAGGUAUAAUUAAAAAGAUAAUGAAAUUUGGAUAGUAUUGAUUGUACAUAAUAAUGAAGCCUAAAAAGCUAAAAGGAAAUCACUUAUCUUAAACCAAUAAUGACGCUUUGACUGUAUAAUUAAAUAAAUAAAAAAAAACUAUGUGAAGAUAUUAUGUAUAAAAAAUAGAUAUUUAAAAUUUAAUAAUAUUAAAAACUUUAACAUUCCAUUUUAAGUUCCGAGAAUUUUUUUCUUUCCUAAAAGCUUCCUAUUUAUCGAAUCAUUUGAGAGUAAUUUUAAUUGUUUUAUAUACCUAGUCCAUUCUUUGAAAAAAAGCCUUUUGAUAAAAAAUUUUUAAAUUUACCUCAUUUUUGAGGCACUUUAAUUUUUUUUCAUUGCACCUCUAUCGAUGUUAUUAAUUCAAAUUUAAAAAUAAAGAUUGAGAACAAUACUCAAGAAAAUAAAGAAGAAAUAGAAGCUUCCAAAAAUCUUUUAAAGACAAAAAAAAAGACAGAAAAAAUAUUUUUAAUGAAAAGAAAAUAUUAUCUAUUACAAUCUAAAAAGAAAACGUAAAAUUUACUACUCACGGAAAUCGAAUGAAUUAAAUCGUGGAAAUAUUAUACAAAUGCAAUUGUAAAAGAUAUUUUAAAAAAAUACACAAUAUAUUUUUAAUCGUUUCCUCUAAAAGAAAAAAAAUAUACCUACCGAGCCAAAAAAAAAAGUGGAAAAAGAAUCUUCUAUAAAUUGAACCUGAGAUGUAAGUAAAAGAAAAAAUUGAAUCUGAAAAUAUAAGAUUAUCGCACUAUUUAGUAAAGUAUUCCAAUAAUGCUACACUUCGCCUUGCUGUAUUGAAAAAAAAACAAAAUUUAUUAAGUAAAAAAGGCUAAAUAUUGAACGAAUGAAAAGUAAUUUAAAAGGAGAUAUUUGUAAAUAUUCUUUAAUUACAAAAAUUCACGAAUGAGUCCUAUAAAUUUUAGUUCUUUUUUGAACAAAAUUUUUAAUGAAAUAUUUGACGAAUUUGGAAGUUUUAAAAAGAAAUUAUAAUUAAUAAUUUUAGUUAUAUGACAGGAGAAAUUUAAUAAAAUAUUUGUCUAAUUCAUUGAACAGAAUAAAAAAAAAACUAAACGAAACCAACAUGAACGAUAACUUGUACUUUUGUAAUACUAAUAAAUGGAAUUAAUAUAUUGCAAAAA